AACUUGACAGCGGCUGUAUCGUCACGCUGCAGACAAGUAUCGACCUCUGGAUUGUGCUAAAUCAGAUAAAUGUACUUUUGUGUUAGUUUUACUUUUAAUACUGUGCUAAUCAGAGUCACCAGGCUGCAGCGAGUACUGAUUAGUACGUGAUUUCUUUUUAUUCUGUCUGAACAUUGCGCUGCCUCAAUGGCAGACUUGGAGUUUACAUCCCAAACACAUGGAGUCGGCGUCUUCAUAGAGCUGAGAAAGAGGCUUCAGAGUGGACUGCUUAUUGUCGGGAAAGAUGUGGCCAGAAGUCCUGCAGACGUGGUCGUGACUGGUGGAGAUUCCUCUCUCUUAAUCCGGACUCCCAGAGGCGAGCUGAGCCUGACUUUGCCAGCAGGAGUGACCUUCGAGCAGGGAUCCUGCAUUCCGACACCUGCAGGAGAAUCCUGCAGAGAGGAGCUACAUUUCAGACUGCGCAUCAGUGUCGCACGAAGGACAGACGAAGAGACGUCUGACAGCGUGAUGGAGACACUCCGGGCAAAAGAGACUUAUUGCUUCUGCUGCCAGGGCUGCACGACCAGGCUGCUGGAGGACAGAGUGUUUAAGCGAGUGCUUCCUCUCCCUAAUGGCAACUGGAACGCUAUCGUGGACGACUGGUGUUGCCACCCAGAUCCGUUCGCUAAGAAGCUGCUGCCCCGAACAGAGGAUUGUUUACUGGGCGACACCUUCCUCCUCCUAUCUAGAGAUAGUAGCUGUGAACAGACUCUCACAGAGGAAGUGAGCCCUGUUGGCUCAGAGGACAGUCAAGAUCCAAAGAAACCCUGCCGUCGUCUGGCACUCGUCUCCUGCAAGAGCUGUUCAUCGGUGCUGGGAGAGGCUGUCGCACCAGAGACCCUGAAACUGUACAUCACACAGGUGGUGGUGGAGCCCGCUGUGGGAGACAGACAGCCAGAAGCUUCACUUAACAGACCUCUUUUCCUGGAGAGGGUUAUAGCAGCCAGGCUGCUGGGGCUGUCCAACUCUAUGAGCACCUUCCACUUCUCUGUCCAGACUCCUGAUGGGAAGGCUUUCUUAUUGCUCUGGCUGCUGAACAGCGACUCCAUCGUGGCGUCAGUCCCAGAGACAUGUGUCGGGGGCGAGGGGUCUAUCGGCUCCUCUUCUCUUCAAACUCCAUCAAGCAGAGCCCUGAAACUCCUCUACACCGUCUGCUCUGACACAGGCAUCCAGCAGAGAGACAUCGUUACAAGUUGGGAGGUCAAUGCCAUAGGACAUCCUGUGGUACUGCCGCUGAAGGUGUGCGAGGAGCUGCUGCAAGUGAUGGAUGACAGCAACUCUACUCUUCCUGCAUCUAUGCGUUGCAUGAGGUCCUAUGAGGUGGCGUACCUGAGACUGUGAGGCCAAAGUUCAGAUGCCAGGAGGUCAAGACUUCACCCGUCACUCUUGGUAGAGAAUUCAAGAGGACCUUGGGACAGCUGAGAGAGGAACUCUGGUGUACAUGUACGAUAUGUCUGUAUGUGUUAAUGUGACAUCUCGCACAGAUUUCCAGUAAGUAUAAGAAAGAAGAUUACUGCAGAAGAAAAUGCAGUAAGCAGGGAAUGGCUUGUUAAGUCAAGUUGUGGUUUCUGGCUAGUUUUGGCAGCGUGUUGUCUCCUGCAAACAGAUUCAUGUUGAAACAGGUUGCUGCCAGGUUUCUAAAUGACAACAUCAACAUUUUCAUAGAAUAGAUAGUUACAUCUCAUUCAUUGUAGCUCAUUAUAGUCCCAAUGUAUACUUGUAUUUAAAAGUAUCAUAAUGGUUGAAAGGCCUGUGUGUGUACAUUCCUAAACUUCAUUAUGUAUUUUUUUUCUACCAUUCUUGUCAAAACCAGAUUAAACUCUUUUAUAUAUGGAAGUA